AUGAACCCUUUAAAGCUUGCUGUUGUGGGUGGUGGACCAUCUGCGUUCUAUGUCGCGUCCAGGAUCCUCAAAGUACUACCUGAAGCUACUGCACCAAAUGUUCGUGUGCAUCUCUACGACCGCCUUUGGGCACCUCAUGGCCUAGUACGCUAUGGUGUAGCGCCAGACCAUCCCGAAGUCAAGAACUGUACGCACAAAUUUGACCAGACCGCCGAGGACAAUCGUUUCCGUUUCUUUGGGAAUGUAGACAUCGGCAAUACCGCUCCUUCAAUACCUGAAGCACUCUCACUACCACUCAGCUCGAUAUUUCGAAACUAUACGCACGUCUUGUUUGCGACAGGGUGCACUCUCCCCACACUUCAUGCUGCUCUGCCGCCCUCUCCGUACUGCAUACCGGCCCUUUCUAUGGUGCAUUGGUACACGCAGCAUCCAAACGUGCCAUCUUCACCCCCGCCUCUUGACAAAAUAUCCCACGUAUCUCUCAUUGGCAAUGGGAACGUCUCCCUCGAUGUAGCUCGCAUGCUGCUCACUAACGUAGAUAUCCUGGCAAAAUACGACGUUCCCUUGCCCGUCCUCGAAGUUCUGUCGCGUUCAACAGUCAAGCACGUCUCCAUAAUCGGGCGACGAGGACCCCUCGAAGCCGCUUUUACCAUGAAAGAGCUUCGGGAGAUGAUAAAUCUUCCGGAAGCGUCCAUGGUACCGCUCGAUACAUCCUUAUUCAGUCCAGCGAAAGACGUUUCGUCGUUAACGCGUCAACAAACCCGUUCUCUAACACUUCUCCAACAUGGAUCGAAGAACCGCCCAGGGAGCACAGAGAAAACCUGGUCGCUCGACUUCUUCCGGUCGCCGAUCGGACUCGUCCCUCCCACACCCUCCUCCUCUUCACCUGCGUCCUCCGCCCGGCUCACGCUCUCACAUACCAUGCUCGACCCCACAACCCAACGUGCGGUCGACACUGGCGCGACGUCCACGAUAUCUACCGACCUCGUCGUCACCUCCCUCGGAUUCCAGGGCGAGCCAACGGCGCGGUUCUACGAUCCAGGUUUAAGACACCUUCGCACGGUCGGCGGGCGAGUGGUCAGCUCAACAGGCACAACUCUCAGGAACGUGUACGCGUCUGGAUGGGCGGCGACUGGUGCAAAGGGUGUUUUGGUAUCGACUAUGAUCAAUGCGUAUGGGGUAGCGGAUACGAUCGUGGCGGAUUGGCAGAAGGGUCAGGAAGUGGCGGAGAGUGAGGUGAAGGCGGAAGAGCAGGGUAUAGGAUUGGCGGAGGACCCUCAAGUGCAUGAUUUGCCGCCUUUAUGCGUGGAUCCGGAUCUGGAGUCGUUGCCGGAGGAAGUGGAAAAGGGCCUGAGGGAGAAGCAGGUUACGCGGUACACGGAUUGGCGGAAGAUUGACGCAGAGGAGGUUAGACGGGGCGAGGCGCUGGGCAAGGAACGAGAGAGGAUGAAGUGGUCGGAGGCCCAUCGGCUGCUGGCCCAGUGA